AUGGCCGUGUUGUGCUCUCAGGCCGCGUCCAUCGGCGAGAUGCCGAAGUGGCAUCGGUGGCUGGUGUUCCUGGUGGGAAUUUUCGAGACGAUGGUCUGGUCGGGCACGGUCUUCGGGUGGGCGUCCCUGGUCCACGUGCUAAAGACCAUGGGCGUGUACAGCCACUUGUGCAAGGAGUCUCUGCACCAAGUCUAUUCCCUGUCCAACAACGCCACGCAGGAGGUCGAUGGGGCUAUGCUGGUGCUUACUGACUCGACGCAGCUGGCAUGCAGUAGCCAGGACCAACAAUUCGCCCUCAUAUACACCGUCGCGUGUGUACUGUAUUCCAUUCCGGGCAUCCUCCUUGGCUACUGCCUCCACCACUUCGGUCUCGCCGUCACCCGCGUCCUCGGGGGUCUGCUGAUCUCCUCGGGCUUCGUCCUCCUGGCGCUCACCACUGCGGAUUCUCCAUCGUACCUGUGGGGCGCCGCCAUUUUCCUUUCCAUUGGAGGGAACAUCAUCCGAAUGGCAGGACUCCAGCUUGGGAACCUAUUUCCCGAACGCCGCAACACUGCCAUAGCCAUCAUCAGCGGGAUGUUCACACCCUCUGCCGGGAUGUUUAUCAUCUUACAGUAUGCUCGCGAGGCCGGAUUGCCCUGGGUGUACAUCUGUACCAGCUUUGCUGUUGUUGCUUCCUUAAUCCUUCUUCUCACGCCCUUGAUGCCCCGACACCAUGUGCCUUACACAGUCGAAGUAGAAACGCAAGACGAAGUGAAGAACGAGAAAGGCAACGUGAAACCGGUGCGGGAGAGCAUUUUCUCGUGGUCCAACCUCUUCCACACCUACUGGGUCUUUUCCAACAUGUUCUGCGUCAUGUUGUUCAGCACUUAUUUCAACUCAUGGAUUAACAAGUUCUCGGAGACUACGAAUGAAGCGGCACGCUAUUCUCUCUUGUACGGGUAUGCCAACAUUCUGUGCUUCUUCAUCUCACCUCUGCCUGGCCUCCUGGUCGAUACCAUCGCUAGCAAGUUCCAAAAAGGAAAAACCGGUUUACAGAAGCACAUCGCCUCCGUCCAAGCCACAAUAAUACCCAUGAUCUUGGUAACGCUAACAGUUACCGUCCAGCUUGGUAGCCUUAUGUUCCAGGGAUCAGCGGCUGUGUAUAUAGGUCUCAUGUGCUUAACUAUCAACAGACCUUCUUGCCUAGCUGUCGGCAACCCGCUAAUCAGGAUAAGGUAAUUGACCUUAUUUCCU